AUGACCCCAGACCUCUCCAGACCUCGACAGGUGCCCCCUGGGAAGCUGCCCCCUCCCUGCAUGAUCAGCCCUCCUUUCGCCUCCUCACAGGACCUCCUCACCAAGGGGGUCUGCCUGGCCAGCAGCCCCGAGUGUGCUUGCGGCCGGAGUCACUUCACGUGCGCUGUGAGUGCCCUUGGCGAGUGCACCUGCAUCCCGGCCCAGUGGCAGUGUGACGGAGACAAUGACUGCGGUGACCACAGCGAUGAGGAUGGAUGUAUGCUGCCCACCUGCUCCCCUCUCGACUUCCACUGUGACAAUGGCAAGUGUAUCCGCCGCUCCUGGGUGUGUGACGGGGACAACGACUGUGAGGACGACUCGGACGAGCAGGACUGCCCCCCGCGGGAGUGUGAGGAGGACGAAUUUCCCUGCCAGAACGGCUACUGCAUCCGGAGCCUGUGGCACUGCGAUGGGGACAACGACUGUGGCGACAACAGUGACGAGCAGUGUGACAUGCGCAAGUGCUCUGACAAGGAGUUCCGCUGCAGCGACGGAAGCUGCAUCGCCGAGCACUGGUACUGUGACGGAGACGCUGACUGCAAAGAUGGCUCUGACGAGGAGAGCUGUCCCUCGGCAGUGCCGGCACCCCCCUGCAGCCUGGAGGAGUUCCAGUGUGCAUACGGCCGCUGCAUCCUGGACAUCUACCACUGUGACGGCGACGAUGACUGUGGGGACUGGUCGGACGAGUCUGACUGCUCCUCCCACCAGCCCUGCCGCUCGGGGGAAUUCAUGUGCGAUAGUGGCCUCUGUAUCAAUGCCGGCUGGCGCUGUGACGGCGACGCCGACUGUGAUGACCAAUCGGAUGAGCGCAACUGCACCACCUCCGUGUGUACGGCCGAACAGUUCCGCUGCCGGUCAGGCCGCUGCGUCCGCCUGUCAUGGCGCUGUGACGGCGAGGACGACUGUGCUGACGGCAGUGACGAGGAGAACUGUGAGGACCCAGGAAGCCCGCAGUGUGCCUCGGACCAGUUCCUGUGUUGGAACAGCCGCUGCAUUGGGCAGAGGAAGCUGUGCAACGGGGUCAAUGACUGUGGCGAUAACAGUGACGAAAGCCCACAGCAGAACUGCCGGCCCCGGACGGGCGAGGAAAGCUGCAAUGUGAACAACGGUGGCUGCACCCAGAAGUGCCAGAUGGUGCGGGGGGCCGUGCAGUGUACCUGCCACACAGGCUACCGGCUAGCCGAUGAUGGGCACACGUGCCAGGAUGUGAACGAGUGUGCAGAGGAGGGGUACUGCAGCCAGGGCUGCACCAACAGUGAGGGGGCUUUCCAGUGCUGGUGUGAACCAGGCUACGAGCUCCGGCCUGACCGGCGCAGCUGCAAGGCUCUGGGGCCGGAGCCUGUGCUACUGUUCGCCAAUCGCAUCGACAUCCGGCAGGUGCUACCGCACCGCUCCGAGUACACGCUCCUGCUCAACAACCUGGAGAACGCCAUCGCCCUGGACUUCCAUCACCGGCGUGAGCUGGUCUUCUGGUCCGACGUCACCCUGGACCGGAUCCUCCGGGCAAACCUCAAUGGCAGCAACGUGGAGGAGGUGGUAUCUACUGGACUAGAGAGCCCAGGGGGCCUGGCCGUGGACUGGGUUCAUGACAAACUCUACUGGACCGACUCGGGGACCUCCAGGAUUGAGGUGGCCAACCUGGAUGGAACGCACCGGAAGGUGCUGCUGUGGCAGAACUUGGAGAAGCCGAGGGCCAUCGCCUUGCACCCCAUGGAGGGGACCAUCUACUGGACCGACUGGGGCAACACCCCUCGCAUCGAGGCAUCCAGCAUGGACGGUUCCGGGCGCCGCAUCAUUGCCGACACCCACCUCUUCUGGCCCAACGGCCUCACCAUCGACUAUGCCGGGCACCGCAUGUACUGGGUGGAUGCCAAACACCAUGUCAUCGAGAGGGCCAACCUGGACGGGAGUCACCGAAAGGCUGUCAUUAGCCAAGGCCUCCCACAUCCCUUUGCCAUCACGGUGUUUGAAGACAGCCUCUACUGGACAGACUGGCAUACCAAGAGCAUCAACAGCGCCAACAAAUUCACCGGCAAGAACCAGGAAAUCAUUCGUAAUAAACUCCACUUCCCCAUGGACAUCCACACCCUGCACCCCCAGCGCCAGCCUCCAGGGAAGAACCGAUGUGGGGAUGACAACGGAGGCUGCACUCACCUGUGUCUACCCAGAGGCCAGAACUACACCUGUGCCUGCCCCACCGGUUUCCGCAAGAUGAGCAGCCACGCCUGUGCCCAGAGUCUUGACAAGUUCCUGCUUUUUGCCCGAAGGAUGGACAUCCGUCGGAUCAGCUUCGACACCGAGGACCUGUCUGACGACGUCAUCCCACUGGCUGACGUGCGCAGUGCUGUGGCCCUUGACUGGGACUCCCGGGAUGACCACGUGUACUGGACAGAUGUCAGCACUGACACCAUCAGCAGGGCCAAGUGGGAUGGAACGGGACAGGAGGUGGUGGUGGACACCAGCUUGGACAGUCCCGCGGGCCUGGCCAUCGAUUGGGUCACCAAUAAGCUGUACUGGACAGAUGCAGGUACCGACCGCAUUGAGGUGUCCAACACGGACGGCAGCAUGAGGACGGUGCUCAUCUGGGAGAACCUGGAUCGCCCCCGGGACAUUGUGGUGGAACCCAUGGGCGGGUACAUGUACUGGACGGACUGGGGGGCCAGUCCCAAGAUUGAGCGCGCUGGCAUGGAUGCCUCUGGCCGCCAGGUCAUCAUCUCGUCUAACCUGACCUGGCCGAAUGGCCUGGCCAUUGACUACGGGUCCCAGCGGCUGUACUGGGCAGAUGCUGGCAUGAAGACAAUUGAGUUUGCUGGGCUGGAUGGCAGCAAGAGGAAGGUGCUGAUCGGAAGCCAGCUUCCCCACCCAUUUGGGCUGACUCUCUACGGAGAGCGCAUUUAUUGGACUGACUGGCAGACCAAGAGCAUACAGAGUGCCGACCGGCUGACGGGGCUGGACCGGGAGACCCUGCAGGAGAACUUGGAGAACCUGAUGGACAUCCAUGUCUUCCACCGCCGGCGGCCCCCAGUGUCCACACCCUGUGUGCUGGAGAAUGGUGGCUGCAGCCACCUGUGUCUUCGAUCCCCAAAUCCCAGCGGCUUCAGCUGUACCUGCCCCACGGGCAUCAACCUGCAGUCUGAUGGCAAGACCUGUUCACCAGGUAUGAACAGUUUCCUCAUCUUCGCCAGGAGAAUAGACAUCCGCAUGGUCUCCCUGGACAUCCCUUAUUUCGCCGACGUGGUGGUUCCCAUCAACGUUACCAUGAAGAACACCAUUGCUGUUGGAGUGGAUCCCCAGGAAGGAAAAGUGUACUGGUCUGACAGCACGCUACACAGGAUCAGCCGCGCCACCCUGGAUGGCUCUCAGCAUGAGGACAUCAUCACCACAGGGCUACAGACCACCGAUGGACUCGCAGUGGAUGCCAUUGGCCGGAAAGUCUACUGGACAGACACGGGCACCAACCGGAUUGAAGUGGGCAACCUGGACGGGUCCAUGCGUAAAGUGUUGGUGUGGCAGAACCUGGACAGCCCCCGGGCCAUUGUUCUGUACCAUGAGAUGGGGUUCAUGUACUGGACAGACUGGGGCGAGAAUGCCAAGUUAGAGCGGUCUGGAAUGGAUGGCUCUGACCGUACCGUGCUCAUCAACAACAACUUAGGCUGGCCCAAUGGACUCACCGUGGACAAGGCCGGCUCCCAGCUGCUGUGGGCUGAUGCCCACACCGAGCGAAUUGAGGCUGCUGACCUGAAUGGUGCCAACCGGCACACGCUGGUGUCACCCGUGCAGCACCCGUAUGGCCUCACCCUGCUCGGCUCUUACAUCUACUGGACCGACUGGCAGACGCGCAGCAUCCACCGGGCCAACAAGAGUACCGGCAGCAACGUCAUCCUGGUGAGGUCCAACCUGCCGGGCCUCAUGGAUAUCCAGGCUGUGGACCGAGCACAGUCACCAGGUUUUAACAAGUGCGGCCUGCAGAAUGGUGGCUGCUCCCACCUCUGCUUGCCUCGGCCUUCUGGCUUCUCCUGCGCCUGCCCCACUGGCAUCCAGCUCAAGGGAGACGGCGAGACGUGUGACCCCUCCCCUGAGACCUACCUGCUCUUCUCCAGCCGCGGCUCCAUCCGGCGCAUCUCCCUGGAUACCAGCGACCACACAGAUGUGCACGUCCCUGUCCCUGAACUCAACAAUGUCAUCUCCCUGGACUAUGACAGUGUGGAUGGGAAGGUCUACUAUACAGAUGUCUUCCUGGAUGUUAUUAGGCGAGCAGACCUGAAUGGCAGCAACAUGGAGACAGUGAUCGGGCGUGGACUGAAGACCACUGAUGGGUUGGCAGUGGACUGGGUGGCCCGGAACCUCUACUGGACAGAUACGGGCCGGAAUACCAUCGAGGCAUCGAGAUUGGAUGGCUCCAGUCGCAAAGUACUGGUCAACACCAGCCUGGAUGAACCCCGAGCCAUCGCCGUUUUCCCCAGGAAAGGGUACCUCUUCUGGACGGACUGGGGCCACAUUGCCAAAAUCGAGCGGGCUAACCUGGAUGGCUCUGAGCGGAAGGUCCUCAUCAGUACUGACCUGGGUUGGCCCAACGGCCUGACCUUGGACUAUGAUACCCGCAGGAUCUACUGGGUCGAUGCCCAUCUGGACCGGAUCGAGAGCGCCGAUCUCAAUGGGAAGCUGCGGCAGGUCUUGGUCAGCCGCGUGUCCCACCCCUUUGCCCUGACCCAGCAGGACAGGUGGAUCUACUGGACAGACUGGCAGACCAAGUCGAUCCAACGUGUAGACAAGUACUCGGGCCGGAACAAGGAGACCGUGUUGGCAAACGUGGAAGGACUUAUGGAUAUCAUCGUGGUUUCCCCUCAACGGCAGACAGGGACCAAUGCCUGUGGGGUGAACAAUGGCGGUUGCACCCACCUCUGCUUUGCCAAAGCCUCGGACUUCGUGUGUGCCUGUCCCGAUGAGCCUGAUGGCCGGCCGUGCUCCCUUGUGCCUGGCCUGGUGCCCCCAGCUCCCAGGGCUACCAGCAUGAGUGAAAAGAGCCCCGUGCUUCCUAACACGCUACCUACCACCUUACGUUCCUCAACCACUCGGACUCGCACAUCUCUGGAGGAGGUGGAAGGAAGAUGCUCUGCGAAGGAUGCCCAGCUGGGCCUCUGUGCACAUUCUAACGAGGCUGUACCUGCUGCUCCAGGGGAAGGACUCCAUGCCAGCUACGUCAUCGGCGGACUCCUCAGUAUUCUGCUGAUUCUGUUGGUGAUUGCGGCUUUGAUGCUGUACAGACACAAGAAAUCUAAGUUCACCGACCCCGGCAUGGGAAACCUGACCUACAGCAACCCCUCCUACCGAACUUCCACUCAGGAAGUGAAGAUCGAAGCAGCCCCCGAACCCGCCAUCUACCGUCAGUUGUGCAACAAGAAGGAGGGUGGGCCUGACCCUAACUACACCAAGGAGAAGAUCAAGAUCGUGGAGGGGAUCUGCCUCCUGUCUGGGGACGGUGCGGAGUGGGGUGACCUCAAGCAACUGCGGAGCUCGCGGGGCGGCCUCCUGCUGGAUCACGUGUGCAUGAAGACGGACACGGUGUCCAUCCAGGCCAGUUCUGGCUCCCUGGAUGACAUGGAGACAGAGCAGCUGUUGCAGGAAGAGCAAUCUGAGUGCAGCAGUGUCCACACUGCAGCCACCCCAGAAAGACGGGGCUCUCUGCCGGACACGGGCUGGAAACAUGAACGCAAGCUCUCCUCUGAGAGCCAGGUCUAAAUGCCCCAGGCUCCUCCCCUCCCUGCCUGUACCUCCUCCUCUGUGGACUGCCCGUCCUUGUGCCUGCUUAUGCAACAGGCGCCCCUCCUGUGUGCUCGUCCUUCCUCCCACCCUGAAAUCGCUCCCAUGCCCUCCACGGGAGCCGUCCCCACCUGAGACCAUGAUCACCUGUGCACAAGAAACGAUGCCACAUCUGAGAAUUUAGACCGGGAUGUUACCACGCACCUCGACUCUUGUACCCACAAGUCUGGGCCCCCGGAAACUGGGCUGGAGAAUGAUUCCUUGUCAGUGCAGAGGUCCCCCUCCCUCGCCACCCCCAGAUCCAUACCUGUAGUGCCUGCCCCACAGCAGCUGAUGGUGCAAGACUGCACGCUCGCCUGUCAGACCUGGCGUGACCACUGCUCUGAGGACUUGCUCACCAGGGGCUGGGGCAAGGACUUGUGGGUAAAGAGAUGGCUGAAGGACAGAGGCUGAGAGGAGGAAGAGUCAGCCCAGCUGGGAUGGGCCUCUGGGAAAACUCCAUCCGCGAGGGUCUUGGCAAUAGCAGAGAAUUUGGGGUGGGGGGAGGGCUAGUUGACCAGAGUGUCCACUGCUGGCAGUGGAUGUCAUUCUCGGCCUUGGAGUCCUUUUUGUUCAGCUGCGGAGAUGGCAGUGAGAUCCGGGGCGGGCUGAGGUGGCUUAAGCUGUUCUUGCUCCUGCUAGCCUCUCUGGAGGUUUCUCUCCCUUCAGAUGACUAGGGGGAUGGGGAGGUCCUUAUCACAUGACUACGGGCGAAUAUGAAUUCCCUGCCGCCACGGGCCAGUACCUUUCCUAAGUCUUGUAUUCUUCAGCUACCAGGUGGUGUGCCAGCGGCUUCAGUGAAUGGUGGGGCUCAGGAUGGCUCUGUGUCCCUGCAAGCUCUAUUUAAGAUGCCCUGUGGAGGCCACACCCAGUAGCACACUACCUGCAUGUGAAUCUUCUCCCACGCUCUCCCGUCAGUCUCUGGGAUGCUGAGGAAAGAGAACCAGAAACAGCUGUUCGAAGAGGCCCCAGAAGUUUCUAUCAGUAAAACGAGCGAUAGGGUGAGAGACUUGGGUACACCCAUAAGGUUGAGCCUCCUGUGUCCUUUCUCAAGUGCUCAGGGAUCGAAGGUGGUGGACAAGGGCCCUGGGGUUCUGAUAUGAGGUUGCCAUUCCAAGCCUCUUCUCGGCUCAGUGGCUCACUUUCCUCGCUGGGAUGCCACCACUCAGGGGCAUGCUCAUUCACACAGAGGGCACGGCUCUCAGCCCAUAGUGGGCAGUGGACACCCUUGCUGUCCUCGAGGCUGCUCAUGCCUGGCUCUUCACUGUGUUGCCUAGUUAGCUCUUUCGGACCUAGCCGUGUGACACCUGCAGUCUCCAAAGUCCUGUGGUGAGGAGGGCUAAUGAGAGGCGCAAGGCGCCAGCAGAGUGGAAAGGGAGCGAGCCCUGUUGGUGAAGUAGACCCAGACCUCUUCCACCCAGGAAUCGGACAUGGCGGGAAAGGGUGACGGGCUUCUCAGGAAGACUUCCAGAUUGGAAACAUCCAUGGAUUUUGAGAUGGCAAAUGUGCGGGUAAAGGAAGGACAAGACCAAGCCUUUUCUGGUCAGUUCUAACCGCUUGACAAAGGUGCCAGGUCCAUCGCCCUGCCAUCAGUUGUUGGCCCCGGAGAUCUGGGCCCACACGUUAUAGCCAGCCUAGAAGGCUCUUGCCUUACCUGGAAAAGGUCGGAUGCCACUUCCUGGAGGAAAGGGGACAUUUCACAUGGAACGGGGCAAAGGGGCAGCACUCUUGAGCCCUGAGACGCCUGGUUGGGAAGGAGAAAGACCUGCAAAGGGGGACAGAUCUUAUUGCACUUGGGCUGUUCAGAAUGUAGAAAGGACAUAUUUGAGGAAUUAUCUAUUUGAGCACUGAUUUACUAUGUAAAAAAGCAAAACUCUGUCCUAAGCUAAUGGAAGUGAUUCUCCCGCACUCGUGUAAUGGUUUUAACGUUACUCACUGGCGAGAUUGGACUUUCUGGAGUUAUUUAACCACUAUGUUCAGUAUUUUAGGACUUCAUGAUUAUUUAAUAUAAAUCUAGCUUUACUUAA